AGGGUCCUCUUUCUGUCGAGAAGAUUGCAAAGUGUGUCAAGAUGAAGCAGGCACCGGAGACCCUUGGCAGCACGAACGGGAAGACCCAGAACUGUGAAGUGAAUCGUGAAUGUUCCGUGUUCCUCAGCAAAGCCCAGCUCUCGACCAGUCUACAGGAGGGGGUCAUGCAGAAGUUCAACGGCCACGACGCACUUCCCUUUAUCCCAUCCGAGAAGCUGAAGGACCUGACGUCCCGUGUAUUUAAUGGCGAACCUGGUGCUCAUGAUGCCAGACUGCGCUUUGAGUCCCAGGAAGUGAAGGCGCUCGGGACGCCACCCAGCACCACCCCCAUCAAAAACGGCUCUCCGGAGAUUAAGCUGAAGAUCACCAAAACGUACAUGAACGGGAAACCUCUCUUUGAAUCUUCGAUUUGCGGGGACAGCGCUGCUGCCGUGUCCCAGUCGGAAGAACACGGACAAAAACCGGAAAAUAAGGCCAGAAGGAACAGGAAGCGGAGCAUAAAGUACGACUCCUUGCUGGAGCACGGUCUUGUUGAAGCAGCGCUGGUGUCCAGGAUCUCGAGUCCCUCCGACAAAAAGGUUGCGGCUAAGAAAGAGUCCUGUCCAAAUACUGGCAGAGACAAAGACCACCUGUUGAAAUACAGUGUUGGCGACUUGGUGUGGUCCAAAGUGUCCGGUUACCCUUGGUGGCCGUGCAUGGUUUCCGCUGACCCACUCCUUCACAACUACACCAAACUUAAAGGUCAGAAAAAGAGUGCACGCCAGUAUCACGUACAAUUCUUUGGUGAUGCCCCAGAAAGAGCUUGGAUAUUUGAGAAGAGCCUUGUAGCUUUUGAAGGAGAAGGACAGUUUGAAAAAUUAUGCCAGGAAAGUGCCAAGCAGGCACCCACGAAAGCUGAGAAAAUUAAGCUGUUGAAACCUAUUUCAGGGAAAUUGAGGGCCCAGUGGGAAACGGGCAUCGUUCAAGCAGAAGAAGCUGCAAGCAUGUCUGUGGAGGAGCGGAAGGCCAAGUUCACUUUCCUCUACGUGGGGGAGCGGCUUCACCUCAACCCUCACGUAGCUAAGGAGGCAGGCAUUCCUGUGGAGGCUCCGCCUCUGGGACCCAUGGUAGAGCCCUCAGGAGUCCCCGAGGAAGCUGCUGCUGACCCCAAGUCCAUGCGAGAAGAGGGCGUUCCCAUCAAGAGAAGGCGGAGAGUGAAGCUGUCUAGCUCUGCCGAAAACCGAGCGGGUGACCCUGGGACAGUACAGAGUACUCCUCAAAAGAUGGCAGAGGCCGACCCCAAGAGAGGAGUCGGGUCUCCUCCUGGGAGGAAGAAGGCCACGGCCUCCGCUCCACGAAGCAGAAAGGGAGAUGCGGCAUCCCAGUUUCUGGUCUUCUGUCAGAAGCACAGGGAUGAGGUGGUUGCAGAGCACCCGGACGCCUCGGCCGAGGAGGUCAAAGAGCUGCUCGGCUCCCAGUGGGACAUGCUCAACGAGAAGCAGAAGGCGCGCUAUAACACCAAGUUUGCCCUCGUGGCCUCUCCCCAGUCUGAAGAAGACUCCGGUAACGUAAAUGGGAAAAAAAGAAAUCCCAAGAGGACACAGGACCCUCCUGAAGACGUUGAAAUUGAAGACGCACCCAGGAAAAGACUCAGGACCGACAAGCACGGUCUCCGGAAGAGAGAGACGGCGAGUGACAAGACGGCCCGAGCAGGUUCUUGCAAGGCCACGGAGGCCGCCACCUCGCUGAAGAGCCAGGCAGCAACGAAACACCUGUCUGACGCAUGCAAACCACUGAAGAAGCGAAAUCGGGCGUCUGCAGCAGCGUCGUGCGCUCCUUUUAGCAAAAGUUCAUCUCCUUCUGCGUCCCUAACUGAGAAUGAGAACACACAGAAGCAGAGUGACAGCUCUCUGAGGCUGUUCCCACCCUUGUAUCAUGACAUCUGGACUUCGUCAUCAAAUCUAAAGUCUUUGCCACUCUAAAACCAAAACAAAAAAACAGCCUCAGAACGCAAGCGUAGCACUUUUUGUCCAGAGGGGGCUCUGGAUUCCCGAUUCUAGUGACUACCCGAGGAGCUUCUAUUCCAGUUUUAAUUCCUUGUUGUUUUGUUUCCUGGGGGCCUCUCGUCCUCACUGUAGACAGGAGGCCUGUUUUUAGAACAUUUAUGAGGACUUGCUAACUUUGGGCUUUUUCGAACAAGGUAGUAGCCCCUCGCCCUGUUGGGUGACAAGGUGGCCCUUGUGACCCAGCCCCUGCCACGGUCACUGUCUCUCAGCCUCGGCUGCUUCCUCCCUUUAGACGAGGGGGCCCUUCCCCUGUGAGGUGUCCUCGGGGGCCCAGGCAGCGGGCAGUCUGAUGGGGUGCGGGUGCAGGGAGCCACCCGGAGAGGGGUCUUCUCUGGGGACUCAACACCAGUAGCGGUGGGGGCUGCUCACGCGCGCGGGACUGGAACUUUCUUGCCAUCUGAUGUGCGCAGGGGACUAGACCUCUCUUCUGUUCGGGCACGUUCACGAAAAUGCAGUAGGCACUCACUAACCUUCCAGGGGGCUUAUUGAAACGUGGAAGAGACCAAUUCUAUACAGAUUUUUUUUCCUUUUUCCUUUUUUCUUGUCGGAAUUAUGAUUAGUAUGUAAAGAACUUUUAAAAAUGAGGAUUCCCAUCCCAAAGAAAAAGAAUGCUAAAAAUAAAAAGUUUCAGGUCCGUAGAUCCCUUUUGCUUCAAGUCGGCUUUUAUAUGUAAAAAGAUUUUUAAUGGGUUUGUUUUUUUUUUUUUUUUCUGUCAUCGCAUUCUGAUCCACCAUUCAGUUGAGUUUUUACUUACACCCUCGUCAGAUCCAAUCAAAGGCAAGGCGCUGAGGCUGCUGAAAUCUUCUCUGUCAUUCCUGGUCAGAAGCUGUACAAGUCAGAGGCCUGGGCUCGGGGGGCCCCCUGGCCCAGGGCAGGGAGGUGCGGCGGGGGGUGGGGGGUGGGGGCGGGGAGCGGGGGGUGGUUAGGGUCGGGCAGCCUGACUCUCGUUGUAACCAGGGUGAGCGUGGUCUUCCCGGUUUAGACAUUUGUUCUGAACUCGGGGAGACUUAGAGGAAGCAUUUUAUAAUCAGUAGACUUAACUGAUUCUUAAUUCUUUGGAACUUUAGAAGUGGUUAGUUUAUUAAUUAUGUUUAUAUUCUAUAUUAACUACAUUAUAAUCCUAUACCUUCCUGCAUUUUGAAGGCGAUACAUAGUUCCCAUCACGUGCGUUCAGCUCCUUAUACAACAACGUUUAAACCACCAGGCCUUUGAUGUCAGGCCACUUCUGCGUGGCUUGCAGAAGCCUUCCGUUAGAGUUAAUUUUCACAGGAUUACGUUGUUCAUUAAAACCACUUCGGGUGAACGAAAAGCCUUGUCUCUUAUGUGUUGACGCUCCAGAGCCACAGCACGCGUUCAUGGCGUAUUUGUGCUGGCCGCCUUCGGGAGCAGGAGGCGCAGUGCGUGUUACAGAAGCACCGUGCAGACCUGGUCCGGGGGCGCAGGGAGUCAGGCCCCGUGGGGCUGCGGUCUGCGCUGACCGGCCCUUCCUCGGGCCACGCACCCGUUGCUGUUUCUCCUUCCUACUUUUGUCACCCUUGAUUGGAAUAAGGGCUUGCCACAGAGCUGGUGUUUCAAGAUCUCUUAGGUCACUCGUGCUUUAAACUUUUCUCGAAAAAGGUAAACGUGGGAAAUAAAAACUUAUAUCGGAAGGACUGCUACCAAGUGCUUCAUUGCCCUGAUGGUGAGACGAUGAAGAGAAUAGACGGAGAUCGCACGCUUGCGUGACAAAGGCCUGUGAGGGAGUUGAUGUGACUUAAGUGUCUUGUAACCUCGUUUCUUAUUCCCUUAGUAGAGCAAAUUCUUAUCUUUUUCGCCUUCGCUGGUAACAGCUUUUACGGGAGCCCACAUCAGCCAAGUUGGAUGUGAACCCAGCUGCCCCGUACCGCACUUAAAUGCUGUAAUAUUCCAGAUGCCUGCUGCAGGUGGCACGUCCACGCACUCACUCAGUGACACUCGUACCCCAGUCAUUUUAUGGAAGAUGUGCGAUAAUCUGUUUUCACUGGUAUUAAUAACACACACAAUGAAGAGAACAGAUAACAAAUUUUAAGACCAAGGUAAGAUGCCCAGGCAAGGCCAUUUACCCGAUCCCGCUCAUCUCACGAUAGAGGCACACUCCUCCCGCAGCGGUCCGUGUAGAUGUCAGGCCGAAGGGACGCCCGCCACACGGGGCUGCCCUGGGCCUGCGACGAGGACGCCACGCCGAAGGGGCUGGCCUUGCUCGAGGCCACCCUCGUCCUCUGGCUCAUGACUUACCGAGUCUGUACCGAACACUGCCGGUGCCCGCACCGCCGGAAAGAGAGCGAGCCGCACACAGUAGGAGGAGCCCGCGUCAGCUGCCCCGUUGCCAGCUGGAAUGCACUCAGCACUGUAGACACGAAACCGCUUUCCAACACCGAAGGCAGGAAGGGUUUCGUUUCUGUCCUUUUUUUACUACACAGUUUUACUAUGACACUAGACACAGUGAAUUUGUAGGAAGAAUCUCAUUUUCAGUAUCCUACGAGCCAUUUAACUCUCUUGAUGCAGCGACCAGUAUCUUGGGGAUACCUCGAUCAGGUUAUUUACAACCACCGCUUAAUCGGUUGCUUUUGUAGGACGUCAGCUGUCACAUUAAAUGACUGGGUGUUGGGUGUCGCCCGCUGUCCUACCCCGGGGCGUCCGCAUGCCUGCAUGGAGGGGCACAGGCCACACUUGCCCCUCAGCUCCCGGAGGCAGGACUGCUGUUGACGUUACCGUGUUAGGAGCCCUCGGUCAUUCCCAGCACACUCUUCACACGCGUUCUACCUUUAAUGGAAGCUUCUGACUAAUACUUGUGUUCUAACCGUUAAGUACUGUAACGCAUGUAAAACACUUGGGGUACCUGACGCCUUGCAGGGACUCGGUGGUUCGCUAUUGUGACAAUAAUGGUUAUAACAAUAAAAACAAUAAAAUCUCCAUCAUUCCAUUUUUAUCCCAAAGUAUAAAUUCUGCUCUGGCAUGAAGAGCUCUCCUCCUGCCUGCCCCGUGCACGUGGGGGUCGAGUGGCAGACGCUGGGUCUGAGGAGCACGGCCGGGCGCUAGACUGUGGCCGAGCGCUGGGCGGGUGGCUCUGCUCGGACGCGGCCGGAGGCCCGGACGUGAGUGUGGGCAGGGCUGGCGGAGAACUAGUUACGAAAUUGGAAAGUGCGAAGGAAGGUCGCGUAGGAGUGGCCCGGGUCAGGAAACUGUCGCAAGCAGGGUCGAGCCCGUUUGAAACUGUAGCGCGGUGACUUUUGCGUAGGUGGCCGGCCGGCUCCCAGCCCGCGCCGGGGGCACCAGAGGUCAGCCGGAGAGCGGGGGCUUUCCUCCCCGUUGAGGCGCCUGCCGGGAUGACGGGCCCAUAUGUCCGCUGAGUGGCGUCAGCCGAGGACACGGGAGGGUGUGGGGUGGGGCAGGGAUGGGGGUCACGCGGUGUUCCUCCACCCGGGAAGGCACCGCCCCCCACCCCCGCCCCGAGGAUGUCGGGAAGUGACCAGGCGGCCGACCAGGCAGUGGCAGGUGUGUUCAGCUCCUGCAGGAGGCAGACGGUCCCGCGUGGGGCAGAGCCGUCCCGCUCCAGAUGGCAGCAGCGGUCUUGCUGGGGAACGCUCCCACCCGCGGCUCUUCCUGAAGGUGAGUGGACAGGGCUCCUGUUCUGAAAAGAGCUCAGGAGGCAAGGAAGGUUGUCUGCCACGAUACACAUCCAUUAUGCUACUAACCGAACAUAAAUUCCCUCACUUCGUAAAGAGAUCAGGACAACACCGAACACGUUCUCGUCUUGCCGUUUGAACCGCUUGUUGUGGAGGUGACUGUUCUUGUACAUAGAACCGCUGUUAACGGCCCCACUUAAUGGCUGCAGGCCAUCUUCCUACUCCAGGCUGGUGCCUGGUCAGGGGCGGUAGCUACGAGAAGGAGCACAAGGCAUUCGGAAGAGGUGAAACCUGUCGGAAUAGAUAAAAGUUGAGGUGGUCGCUGUUCUGAGACUGGAAGUUUCCCGCGAUGAUAGAGGUCGCGUGCAGUAUGUGCACCUGUCGGCAGUAGAGGUUCCCGUUCUGUUGAUGCACCUGUUAGGGGCUUCUGUCUCCCAGGUGGGCCUCCCUCCAGAGUUAAUACAAGAGUUAAACGUCUGCCUCUGAUGGUGAUGGGUUUGGGUGCAUCUCCACACCCUCUCUGUAAUUGUGUCUGUUACAUCUC